GCAUGAUGUGCUAGGCGCUCAGCAACAUCAGUGUGGCACAGGAUUUGCUGGUGUGUGGUCGUGCGAAUAAAGCAGUGACCCUCAAGAAUAGAAUAGAAUAGAAGUGUCGGAAGCCGAUUGCUGCUGCCUUUUUCCCUUUCGUCUCGUCGUCAUUGCAAUCGCACGCUACGCAUCAUCCGAGAAUGAAGCCUAGUUCAUUUAGCAAAUAUACUUAAAUUUCUCCAGCAGGCAAAGUAUCACAUCUAUUUACAGUCGGCGAAAGUAUUAUUGUUAGUUAGCACUGAAAAGGGAGAUAACCAUGGCCCCUGGACAACAAGAUCUUGUACUGAGCAAGCAUCCGCCAGAUAUCGAGGAGCUGCUUAGCCUGAACCCGCGCGCCAGCCCUCAUGCUAACCUGCAGCCGUCAUCUGUGACGAAGGUGAACAAGAAGCAUUGGAAGAGGAACAAAGUGAAGUGCGAGACGCAUUGCAGCCUCGAGAACGACUUUAGUGACGUGAAGCACACGACGCUGAGUGAGAGAGGUGCGCUGCGGGAGGCCGUGCGAUGCCUCAAGUGCGCGGACGCUCCGUGUCAGAAAUCUUGCCCUACGCAGCUCGAUGUCAAGAUGUUCAUCUCGUGCAUCGCCAACAAGAACUAUUAUGGAGCUGCAAAAAUGAUUCUGUCGGACAACCCGCUGGGGCUGACGUGUGGAAUGGUGUGCCCCACGAGCGACCUGUGCGUGGGAGGAUGCAACCUCUACGGGACUGAGGAGGGUCCUAUCAACAUCGGAGGACUCCAGCAGUUUGCCACGGAGAUGUUCCGGGAGAUGAACAUCCCCCAGACGCUUCCUGCAACUCUUCCUCAACCCCGCUGCGGCCCCGCGUCUAUCUCGUGCGCGACGUUCCUGGCUCGUCUGGGGUACACGUCGCUGACGGUAUACGAGCGAGAGGCGUGGGUGGGCGGUCUGAGCACGUCAGAGAUCCCUCAGUACCGUCUGCCCUACGACGCCGUCGCCUGGGAGGUGAAGCUCCUCACAGAUCUCGGUGUCACAAUCGAGAAGGGGCGUCAGCUCUCCCUCAAAGACCUCACAGUCAAGGGGCUGCUCGACCAGGGCUUCAAGGCAGUGUUUGUGGGCAUCGGCCUCCCUUCACCCAAGAGGAACCCCAUCUUCGCGGGGCUCACGGAAGCCCAAGGCUUCUACACCAGCAAGGAGUUCCUCCCCCAAGUGGCCAAGGCCAGCAAACCUGGAAUGUGCGGGAGCUGUAAAACCCCGGCGCUGCCCUCUCUGAAGGGCGUGGUGCUCGUGCUAGGAGCCGGCGACACGGCCUUUGACUGCGCCACCUCCGCCCUGCGCUGCGGGGCGCGACGCGUCUUCGUCGCCUUCAGGAGGGGCUUCACCAACAUCAGGGCCGUUCCUGAGGAGAUGGAGCUGGCGAGAGAGGAGCGCUGCGAGUUCCUGCCUUUCCUGUCCCCCCGGCGGGUGGUCACUAGGCAGGACCGCAUCACAGGCAUGGUCUUCGCCCGCACCGAGCAGCAGGAGGACGGUUCUUGGGUCGAGGACGAGGAUCAGACCACGCAGAUCAAGUGUGACGUCAUCAUAUCGGCUUUUGGUUCUCAUCUCCAGGACGAAGACGUGUUGGGCGCACUCGCGCCCGUUGAGCUCCAGGACAGCGGUCUGCCUCGCGUCGACCCCAUAACAAUGGGCAGCAGUGAACCCGCGGUCUUCUUCGGUGGUGACAUCGCGGGCACCGCAGAGACGACCGUCGAGUCCGUCAACGACGGCAAGACCGCCGCCUGGUCCAUGCAUAAAUAUCUGCAGGGUCUCGCGGGCGUCACGGUGCCGUUGGAGGCGGCUUUGCCGCAGUUCCACACGCCCGUCGAUGACGUUGACCUCAGCAUUGAAAUCUGCGGCAUCAGGUUCCCGAAUCCAUUUGGCCUAGCCUCGGCCCCACCUACGACCUCGGCACCCAUGAUGCGACGGGCGUACGAGGCGGGCUGGGGCUUCUGCGUCACCAAGACCUUCGGGCUCGACAAGGACCUUGUAACGAACGUGUCGCCGCGCAUCGUGAGAGGCACCACUUCAGGGCACGUCUACGGCCCCGGCCAAGGCUCCUUCUUAAACAUUGAACUCAUUUCGGAGAAGACCGCGGCCUACUGGUGCAAGAGCAUCAUGGAGCUCAAAGCAGACUUUCCUGACAAUGUGCUGAUCGCGAGCAUCAUGUGCAGCUACAACGAGGACGACUGGACGGAGCUGACCAAGAUGGUUGUGGCCGCUGGGGCUGAUGCCAUCGAGCUCAACCUCAGCUGUCCUCAUGGCAUGGGGGAGAGGGGCAUGGGCCUGGCAUGUGGCCAGGACCCUGAGAUGGUAAUGAAUAUCUGCAAGUGGGUGCGGACAGCCUCGCCCAUCCCCUUCUUCGCAAAGCUUACGCCCAACGUCACAGAAAUAGUCCACAUCGCGACAGCGGCUAAGGAAGGUGGCGCUGACGGCGUGACAGCCACCAACACCGUGUCGGGGCUCAUGGGGCUGCACGCAGACGGCACCGCCUGGCCCUCGGUGGGCGUCCAGCGUCGGACCACCUACGGCGGGGUGUCGGGUAACGCCAUUCGCCCCAUCGCCCUACGCGCCGUGUCGGCCAUCGCGCGCGCCCUGCCAGGCUUCCCGAUCCUCGCCACGGGGGGCAUCGACUCUGCAGACGCAGGGUUCCAGUUCCUGCUGGGGGGCGCUAGUGCCCUGCAGGUGUGCAGCAGCGUGCAGAACCAAGACUUUACGGUGAUCACCGACUACCUGCUGGGGCUGAAGACUUUGCUCUACCUCAGGCACACCGUGGGGGACGACUGGGACGGUCAGUCCCCGCCCACACCCCAGCACCAGCGGGGCAAGCCUGUCACUCUCGCGGGAGCUCUGCAAUCCAAGGAUGCUCUGCCAAACUUCGGCCCGUACCUCCUCGAGCGCGAGAAGCGCAACGCCGCUGCCCUGAAGAAGGGCGGCCGCGGUCGCUGUGCGCCUCCUGACGAGGACGAACUCUCCCGACGUCGCGUCGCUCUGCAGGCGAGAGGAGUGUCUACCGUCAAGGAUAUUGUGGGACUCGCGCUGCCUCUCAUAGGCACCUACGGCGACCUAAACAACCUGCAGCAGAAAGUCGCGCUCAUCGAUCCUGAAAUGUGCAUCAACUGCGGCAAGUGCUACAUGACUUGCAACGACUCAGGCUACCAGGCGAUCACGUUCGAUCCUGAGACGCACUUGACGAAGGUCACAUCAGACUGCACGGGCUGCACCCUCUGCGUCUCCGUCUGCCCAAUUAUUGACUGCAUCAAGUGAGUUGAUGGCAGCGGUGAGGUAGACUGCAUCAAGUGAGUUGAUGGCAGCUGUGAGGUAGACUGCAUCAAGUGAGUUGAUGGCAGCGGUGAGGUAGA